ACGAACAACAAACGACAACUAUUCCACCAGUACACGCGGCGUCAUUAACGUUUUCCGUAUCCGGUUUCGCGUGAGAUCGCUGAAUUGCGGUAUUUGCGCAUUCGUUAUACACUUCGGUGAAGUGACCUAGUGUGAAAACAUAAAUAGUAGAAAUACGCAAAUAACGCGGAUAAGCUUCGGAAGCAUAGCUCUGUAAUCAACGGCAACAUGGAGAUGCCUAUAUUUAAUGAGAAAGUCGCGCAACAUUUGAAAACAUUUGCUCGGGAAUGUAUAAAUGAUCCAUCUCUCUUGCACGAUCCGAAGUUAUCUUUUAUUAAGGAGUUAAUAGAACAUUAUGGCGGCAAAGUGCCAGAAGCUAAAACCAAUGAUUCAUCAAGUGCCAAGACAGAAUUUAAAAGUAAACCUGAAGAACCAGAACCUGAAUCAGAAUCUGAGAGUGAAGAGAGCGACUUAGAGCUGGAUAUGACUGGUGUAAUCGAACCAGACCAAGAUGCUCCACAAAAAAUGGGAAAUCUGACUUUGCAGCCAACAGAGGAUGAAAUAGCGGAGUCUCAGGAAAAAAGAUCCGAAGCAGUUUCGGCAUUUGUGGAAAAAGAUUAUGAAAAAGCUAUACAACUUUAUACAGAGGCUAUUGUAUUAAAUCCUCAAGCAGCCUUAUUGUAUGCCAAACGUGGUCAAGUUUUCUUAUUAUUAAACAAGCCAAAUGCUUGUAUUCGCGACUGUAACCGUGCUAUAGAAUUAAAUCCAGAUAGUGCAGCGGCUCAUAAAUUCAGGGGAAGAGCCUAUCAUUUGCUUGGGAAGUUUGAGGAAGCUGUGAACGACUUGAGAUUGGCUUGCAAACUGGAUUUCGAUGAGCAAGCAGAUGAAUGGUUACGCGAAACUACACCUAAUGCGCGAAAAAUAGAAGAACACAAGAGGAAGAAGGAACGAAAGGCGCAAGAAAAAUUAGAGCGCGAGAGACAAGAAAGAUUGCGAAAAGCACGAGAAGCUGCCAAAGCUCGCGAGGAAAACACGCGGACUUCUCAAACAGAUGCAGGCAGUACACCUCCCGGAGAUUUUUAUCAAUUCCUCAAAGAUCCUGAUGUACUUCAAGCUUUUGAGGAUCCAGAAGUGGCGGAGGCCUUCAAGGAUAUCUCCACGAAUCCGACGAACGUCCUUAAGUAUCAGAACAAUCCCAAGAUAAUGGCCCUCAUCAAUAAGAUGGCUUCAAAAUUCAGUGGUGCUGGCGGCAUGCCGGGCGCUGCCGGAAUGAAUUUCCCAGGUGGUAUGCCUGGUUUCCCCGGUGCCGGGGCAGGUCACUUUAACCCCCCGAAAUCAUCUCCUCAGGAUGACGUUGGUCUCGAUUAAUCAUAAAUCUAAUCACCUAUUACAAUAAAUACGGAGUGUAUUACAUCUCGAUUAACUCCCUCAUUAAAGGCUGAUUUACGUUUAAUUAUAUUUAUGUUGCAAUGAACUAUGCUAAAAAAAAC